AAACAGAGGAAGAGCCACUGUGGGUGCAGUUCGUGUUAGCAUUGCAAUUAGCAGGAAGUACUGACAAGUGAUCGUUGUUAUUUUUGAAACACAUUUUUUUGAGAGCCAAACUACCCACGAACAAACCUUUACAGUACUUCGUUACCAGCGUCUUCGCUACGAUGAGCUUCUUGUUUGGCAGUCGCUCAUCUAAGACCUUCAAGCCGAAGAAAAAUAUUCCAGAGGGCUCCCACCAGUAUGAGUUGCUGAAACAUGCCGAGGCAACCCUUGGCAGCGGGAACCUGAGACAGGCUGUGAUGCUGCCAGAAGGAGAGGAUCUCAAUGAAUGGAUUGCUGUCAACACGGUCGACUUCUUCAACCAAAUCAACAUGCUGUAUGGUACCAUCACAGAGUUCUGUACAGAGACCAGCUGCUCAGUGAUGUCUGCUGGACCCAGGUAUGAGUACCACUGGGCCGAUGGUACCAACAUUAAAAAGCCAAUCAAAUGCUCUGCACCCAAGUACAUUGACUACCUGAUGACCUGGGUGCAGGAUCAGCUGGAUGACGAGACGCUCUUCCCCUCCAAAAUUGGAGUUCCUUUUCCCAAGAAUUUCAUGUCCGUGGCCAAAACCAUCUUGAAGCGCCUGUUCAGGGUUUACGCCCAUAUUUACCAUCAGCAUUUUGACUCAGUGAUGCAGCUGCAGGAGGAGGCUCACCUCAACACCUCUUUCAAGCACUUCAUUUUCUUUGUCCAGGAGUUCAACCUUAUCGACCGACGGGAGCUUGCUCCUCUGCAAGACUUGAUCGAGAAGCUUGGAUCCAAGGACAGAUAGACAGUUCCUGUUAUAAUCACAGUUGUUCUCUGCUUUUUCUGUUGAGAUCUUCUACCUCUGUGACUUCCAGCCUCAACUCUUUAAGUCUGCGCCUCCUCCUUUAGAUUUCCUGGGACGCCUGUGCUUGACUUCCAAUUUUUUAUUCCUUUCUUGUAUGCUGUCUUUGAGCCUUUCCUUCAAUUUUAGCUGUAAUAGAUUAUAUAAGAAAGUGUAGUUUAAAAAACAACAUAUUUUUCCACAGGACUGAAUUUUAUAUUGGACUAAAAAGCAAAACCCUGCUUCCUUUUUCAUGACUUGAAAUAUAGUGUUUGAGUUGUUUAAGCAUUUUAUAGUUAUUGAUUAUAACUAUAGAGACUAUAGAGUUACAACGAAUGACCAAAUGUCCUCCUUACGUACAAGGAAGUGCAACAGGAAGGCUUUCAAAAAAGGUAGUAAGCUUGUAAGAGCACAAAAACGAAGGUAGGCGGAAAUCUGAACAGGAGUUUAGUGUAUAAACCUACAAGAUAAAUCUACUUUUAUGGUUCUUGUAAUAUUUCCACGCUUCACAAUUCAAUAUAAAGAGAUGCAGCGAGUCAUCAACAACAAGAAGGCCACAAAUAAGGCAGGGAGUAGCUGUUUUGAUUUAGCUUCACAAUAUUGUUUUGCACAUUUUCUAAAAAUGCUAAAAUAUGAGACAGCAUACAAAGUUACAUUUGUCUUUUUUUUCCAUUUUUUUUUAGUUCAUAUCAGCAGCUUAUAAUGCCUCUUUGACGGAGAUAUAGAGGGGAUCGAUAUGGUAGAAACAAUCAUGCAAACAGAAUGAUCAGUAAUGUCGUUUUAUUUGAUUUCUACGGUGAUGAUUCAUUGUGUACAGACACACGUUUGUCCCUGUGCAGCUAAUGCUCUUGCCGAAUGUUUUCCAGAGUGUGAUCUGCAAAAGUUGGACCUAAACUUUUAUCAGAGAAUUAUUUUGCUAAUGGAUUAAAUGCAUCACAAAGAACUAAGACGUGGGCUUCAUCAUGCAUUCUUUAGAGAAAGUGUUUUUUAAACCUAAACAUGGACGGCAAAACUAACAGUUUGAGCACAUGUUUAAAUCGUUUUCUUCUUUUAGGGCACUAGUUAAAAUCUCAAGUAUUCUUUCUUUUUACAGAAUAUUCAAAAGGUUUGUCAUUUACUCAGUUUUCUUUUAUUCUGUAUUUCUUUUUACAGCAUGUUUUAAAUGUUCUGUUACAUCUUAUUAUCAAAUUGUAAAGUGGUGACUUUACCUCUGAAAUCUUGCAAGAAAAAGGGCUUGGAAGCAAAUUUCCAUUGUUUUUACAAUAUUUGUCUUGUCUUUGAGUUGAAGUUUGUAGGAUUUCUACAACACAUUCAAAUAUUUGCUGUACAUAUAAUCAGUGUUUUAUCUUAACAGAACUGUGCCUUACAAUAAAUUGUCCGACAUGACAUUAUUGGUGAAUCAAAAUUUCAAUAAAACAUAUUAGACAAUA